CUCUUGUAAAAAGCCGGCAAACGUUAACGGCGCCGAGUGAAUACUGACUUCAUAACGUUAGUACGUUUUUAUUAGAAUGUAAUUUUUUUUUUUAGUUCUGUCAAGACUUUCUUCGUCGAGAUUCAACUGCAAGCAUACCCAGUCCUAAUGACGUAUUGAUCGCAAAUAAUACACAUAAGAGUCACACGCGGAACCUGAACGUUUUCCAAGUCCGUCUGGGCCGAAAACAUGGCGUCACCGCGACGAUGGUCGAUCGUGGUCGGGGCGUUCGUGGUGCUGACGGUCGCCGCGCACUGCUGGACGCCCAGAAACGGUUCAACCAUACAGGUCAACAGCCGGCCUCUGGACUUCUACGCUCCUUCCAACAUCGGUCGUGGCCAGAGCGCCAUCAAGCUGGGCGUGCUCAAGAACCGACUGAAAGAACCCGUGCAGAUAUCGACCACGCCGAUUUCGACAACCACCAGUACGGAGAGAUUCCGCCGUCAACAGCCCACCGUGCCCAGGUUGAUGGCCCGACGUCAGCACCAGAACCUCACCAUCGGCCUAGUGUUGCCGUACAAGUCAUUCGACACGCGCAUCUACACCAAAGAGUUUUCGGCCGCCAUUCACGGUCUGCAGAGGAUCUUCUCCAAGUCAUCCACGCACACCAACAUAUUCAAAUCGUACGACAUCCAUCACAUCAUAGCCAUGAAACAGUUGACGCCCACUCCUACAGCUAUACUGGACUCGCUGUGCAAGGAUUUCCUUACCAUGAACGUGUCGGCGAUUCUGUACUUGAUGAAUUACGAAAAAUACGGAAGGAGCACGGCGUCGGCUCAAUACUUCUUGCAGCUGGCCGGCUAUCUGGGAAUACCGGUGAUAGCUUGGAACGCCGACAAUUCAGGACUGGAACGGAGAGCCUCGAGAUCAAGUCUGCAGCUCCAGCUGGCCCCAUCGUUGGAACAUCAAACGGCAGCCAUGUUGAGUAUAUUGGAGAGAUAUAAGUGGCACCAGUUCUCUGUUGUGACGUCUCAAAUUGCGGGACACGACGAUUUCAUUCAGGCAGUCAGAGAACGAGUGGCCGACAUGCAAGACAGAUUCAAGUUUACCAUAUUAAAUUCGGUGUUGGUCACUAAGAAUCAGGAUCUGAUGGAACUGGUCAAUUCGGAAUCGCGAGUCAUGCUGCUUUACUGUACCAGAGAAGAAGCGCUCAGGAUACUCACGGCGGCCAGACAUUACAAAAUCACAGGAGAAAAUUACGUUUGGGUGGUCACUCAAAGCGUCAUGGAAAAUCUUCAAGCACCGCAACUGUUUCCCGUCGGCAUGUUAGGCGUACACUUUGAUACUAGUAGUGAAAGUUUGGUGAAGGAAAUCAAUACUGCCAUUCGAGUGUUCGCUUACGGGGUAGAAGAUUUCGUUAGCGAUCCGGACAACAUAAACGAAACGUUGUCAACACAACUGUCCUGCGAAGGAGACGGCGAGUCUCGUUGGAUCACUGGUGACAAAUUUUACAAGUACUUGAGGAAUGUGAGCGUCGAAAACGUCGAGCCAGCAAAACCCAAAAUCGAAUUCACCGCGGACGGUGUUUUGAAAUCGGCAGAAUUGAAAAUCAUGAAUCUUAGGCCAGGUUUAGGCAACUCUCUCGUCUGGGAAGAGAUUGGCGUCUGGAAGUCGUGGGAACGCGAAGGGCUGUACAUUAAAGACAUCGUUUGGCCCGGAGACAGUCACACCCCGCCUCAAGGAGUGCCGGAAAAGUUCCACUUGAAGAUAACGUUCCUAGAAGAAGCUCCAUACAUCACGAUGGCGCCACCGGAUCCAGUCACUGGCAAAUGUAGCAUGAACAGGGGCGUUAUAUGCCGAAUAGCGCGCGAAGAGGAUAUAGAAGAGGUAGACGUCCCAACGGCGCACCGCAACGGAAGCUAUUACCAAUGCUGUUCGGGAUUUUGCAUCGAUUUGUUGGAAAAAUUCGCAGAAGACUUGGGUUUCACGUACGAGCUGGUCCGAGUGGAAGAUGGAAAAUGGGGAACCCUUGAGAAUGGCAAGUGGAACGGUUUGAUUUCGGAUUUGGUGAACAGGAAGACCGACAUGGUAAUGACUUCGCUGAUGAUCAAUUCGGACCGGGAAGCCGUGGUCGACUUUAGUCUUCCUUUUAUGGAAACCGGCAUAUCCAUAGCGGUGACUAAACGCACGGGAAUUAUAUCGCCCACCGCAUUUUUGGAACCGUUUGACACCGCAUCGUGGAUGUUGGUAGGAGUAGUAGCGAUACAGGCGGCAACGUUUUCCAUAUUCGCGUUCGAAUGGAUGAGUCCUUCCGGAUUCGAUAUGAAGUCCGUGUCACAAGCGCCAAAUCAUAGAUUUUCCCUGUUCAGAACUUACUGGCUCAUUUGGGCGGUACUCUUCCAAGCAGCCGUGCAAGUCGACAUACCCAAGGGUAUCACAUCUAGAUUCAUGACCAACAUUUGGGCCAUGUUCGCCGUAGUGUUCUUGGCCAUCUACACUGCUAACCUGGCGGCAUUCAUGAUAACCAGAGAGGAGUAUUACGACUUUUUCGGGAUAGACGAUUACAGGCUCAGCAAACCGCAUAGUCACAAACCGAUGUUUAAAUUCGGCACGGUACCACACUCGCACAUCGACUCGACGAUCCAUAGAUAUUUCCCGGAAAUGUUCAACUAUAUGAAAAGCUUUAACAGGUCUACCGUUCAGGAAGGGCUCAGCUCGCUAUUGACUGGGGAGCUCGACGCCUUCAUCUAUGACGGAACGGUACUGGACUAUUUGGUGACCCAGGACGACGACUGCCGACUGUUGACCGUUGGUUCGUGGUACGCGAAAACCGGUUACGCCAUAGCGUUCCAGAGAAACUCCAAAUACGUUCAAAUGUUCAACAAACGGCUGUUGGAUUUCCGCGAAAACGGCGAUCUGGAGAGAUUGCAGAGAUUUUGGAUGACUGGCACUUGCAAACCGGACGAUCACGACGAACACGCGACCAGCGACCCGCUGGCCUUAGAACAGUUCUUGUCGGCAUUCUUGUUGCUGAUGGGUGGUACCCUGUUGGCCGCAUUGAUACUGUUGCUGGAAUGUUUGUACUUCAAUUUUUUCCGGAAAAAAUUAGCGAAAACUGACCAAGGUGGAUGUUGCGCCCUUAUCAGUCUGAGCAUGGGCAAGUCGUUGACUUUCCGGGGUGCUGUGUACGAAGCGCAAGACUUUUUGAAAUUCCGUCGUUGCAAGGAUGCGGUAUGUGACUCACAAUACCAACUGCUCCGAAGCCAGCUGAUGAGCACAUACUCCAAAAUGAAACAGCUCGAAAAAGAACUAGAACUGAGAAAGUUAAAAGCCGAAAGAAGGAGGAAGAGGUCAUCAUCUUCUUCUAGGUUAUUUCAGUGUUUGACUGAAGGUCAAGAUAGUUGUCCGGAUAAAAAACAAUUCCAAUUCUCACCGGCGUCACCGCUGAGACAGAGAGACGUGGUCAGACCGAGUAUUGUAUCUUCAGAGUACAUAAAUAGAUUUGAUCACGAGCCAGUCAGAAAUCGCCGAAAUGGAGACAGUACUGUGAUUCUGUUCGACGUGUGAACUCAACAGAAAAUCAAAAAAAAAUAAAAAUAUUAUCAAUAGUACGUUAAAACUUAAACAACAAUAUUAGUAUUAAACUGUGAAUCUCAAAAGAAAUAUUUUUAAGUUAUAAAAUGUUAUAUAGUAUUACUAUUAUUUUGCAUCGCUGUGAAAAGCGGCGGACGGAGAGAAAAAUAGACACUGAACUAAAUGAAUAAAAAACAAAUAACGCUCAAUGCCAUAAAGAAAAUUAAUUGUUUUGUUUUUAAAUUGUUUUGACGUUUCAAGAGACAAUAAUAUUUUUUAAAAAUGUUUUUUUUUUUCUGUUAUCUAGUUAACUACUUUACACGUUUUCAAUUUUACUACAUAACUUGAUAAAACCAGAAAUCUCUUGUCUCUUCUCAAAUAAAAAAAAUCUACAAUUUUUUUGUAUAAUUUACACGACUGUAUUUUUCUUUCAUGUUGUAAUAAAAUAAAAUAUAAUAUCGCUUACAUCAAAAUAGUUUUUCUUCGGCGCUCAUAAUAAAACGAUAGGUAGGGGAUUUAUCUAUCAGCAUUCCAGUGAUGGAAUUUCUGUUGUGUUUUGUAUUUCUUAUUUUUUUGUUAUAAUAUUUUAUUUAUUAAGAACGUUAUAAAAACAACUAAAAACCAACCAUAAUCAGUAACGAUUCGACCGAUCAUUAACGGAUUGCUCAAAUGUAACAUCACGAAUGUAUAUGAUAUAUUAUAUAUUUUGUGAUCACCCGAUUGUACUUAAUGAUAAUAAAUAAUUAGCCAGCCUCUAUAAUAUUGUACAUUGCCUUUAAGUCAUUGCUUUCGUUUCAAAAAUUAUGUAAAUAUUUACACUUUGCGCUAUACAAUAAGUAUAUUAUAUAAUAUAAUAUAUUAGCUUGUUUUUUUAAGUAACUUUAAUGUUAUACUUCAACUAUCUAUAUAUAUUAAAAUAUUAUUAUAAACUAUAUUAACUAAAAUAUAUAUAUAUGAAAAUAAUUUAGUUGGAAGCUCUUGUAGUACAUACCAUAGUAAAUAUAUGUUUGAUUUUAUCGCUAAUAAUUAACGUGACUUAUUAAUUUCAGAAUUUUUUCUAAUCAACACCUAUACAGUUAAUUUCACGUUAUUUAAUAAAUAGUAUUGUUUUAGUACAUGGCAAUAUAAGUUCUAAAACUAAUCAAUUUUACUCACAAAAACACCAAAUACCAAAUAUAUUCAAAAUAUCUUUGAGGUGUUUAUAAUGUUGUUAAAUUAAACUACCGUUCCAGUUAAUAUUAUUUCUCCUCAACCUUCUUCUCCUUUACAUUAUCAUUAUUCUUCUUCUUCUAAUUAUAUGCGAUCAAAACAACUAAUCCUUAGCUUUUAAUGAAAACAAUCUGCCACACAACAACCAUCACACUUUUGGAUUUCUUCUAUUUAUCUCUUUUAUGUCCAUUAUUAUCGUCCAUACUAUCUCUGUUUAUUCUCUCUUCUUAACAUUCCUUAACCACCUCAAUCCUUACUUUCUCAUCUUUCAGUUAAUAUUAAAUGCUUAAAAGAUAGUUAAUUUAUUUUUAUCUGGUUUACUUUUUGAGUUUCCAACGAAUUAUGUUUGUGCUAGAAUCCUAGAACUAUAAUUAUUAUUAUUAUCUAUUGGUUUAAUGCAAAUUAAAUAUGUACUAACACUAAUUGAGAAGACGCCACACAUGCCCAUUUUUAAAGGGUUUUGUAUUGUCAAUUACUGUUGAUAACAAAAAAUUAUGAGUAUUAUUCUAUGAUGAUAGUUUAUUGCAAUGUUUUUUAUAUAAAAAAAAACCCAAAAAUUCGCUAUACAGUUUUACCAAAUUUUUGCAGCUAAACGCAAGUUCCAAAGAUUUUUGAAUGAUUUUAAAAUUAACUAGGUUUUAAACACUUAAUUGUCCCAAUGAAAUAAUACAAAUUAAAUGCAGUUUUAACGAUAAAAUUUGGCGUCCUCUUCUGAAAAUAAUGUAAAUACCGCAAACCGGACUCGAAAACUUUUGUUAUUACGUUUUUUACAAAUAUACUCUAGCAUUAUUUUAAUUUAACUUAUUACAGACGACUCACGUGUUAUAUACCUACAACAUACAAACGUCCAUUCCUUCGUCUUAUUUCACAUUUUGUAGAUCUAUACAGUUGGCUAACAACAAAAAUUAUUAGUACUUUUUCGAAAUUGUAUGUAUUUUCCCCAAAUACUUAAAACAUUAAUUUGGCUAACAUCAUGUUUUAAUGUAAUUAAUAUUAUAACAUUUAUGUUAUUUUAUAAUUUUAUAACAAAUUUAAAAAAAAAAAUUGUCAAGUUAGAAUAAUUUAUAUGUACAUUUUAUUGUCGUUAGCACCAUUACACAGUAUUAUUAUUGUUAUUAUAAUAUUAUUAUUAUGGAUAAUACGUGAUUUGUAUGUGUUUAAACUUACCAAUUUGUUAUGUUUUUGUUUUGUUGAUUUAUUUAUUAUAAACAAUUUACGUUUGGCAUAAUAUUAUUAUUAGAAAACAAGUAAAUAUUAUUAUAACAUUGUGUUGAGUGAACGAGUUUGCCAAAAGCACAUUGCCCACUGUAAAUACAACACAAGUCACAGUUUAUCAUCACGCCUCGAUGACUUAACCCGUGCCAUAUUUUAGAAAUGUAUAAUAUAAAUAUAUUAUAUUAUGUAUACAUAAUAAUUAUUGCAUAGUAUUAUUGUUUAUUAAUAUCUCAAUGUUACCAA